GAUGACAGAAUCUUAACCUCAACAGAGAUUUCGGGAUAUCUAAUUUAAUAAAAUAGAAAUUAAAGCUAUUUCUCAUACUACUGUGAAGGAAUUAAUAGGAUCUUUAAAUAAUAAGGUUUUUGAUUAACAAUUCGAAACAAAAUAUGCAAAUCAUAUGAAUGAAAGAGUAUUUGUAUUCAAAGUGAUAUAUGAUGGUUAAGGUUGGGAGAUAAGAAGGACAGUUGGAUAGUUUAUACAAUUAGAGUAGGAUAUGGCAAAUAACAUAUUUUAUUAUAUUUUCCAAAAAAAGAAGAUAACAGGAAGUCUGGAAACAGAUGAUCCAAAAAAAACAUUAGUUCUACUUCAUAAAUUCUUACAGAUGAUCACUUGCAAUGAGAUCAUUCCAUAAUGUGCAUUAACAUUUUUAGAAAUCUCUUGUAUUAAUUUGCCAUUCAAAAUGAAAGAAUGUUUUAUGGAAAAGAAAUCAGGAAGUAGAACAACUACAAGCUGUUGCGAAUCAUUAGAAACAAAGCUUGCAAAAUGGCAAAAGAGAUAUUUUAUAAUAACUCAGCAAUCCCUACUCUAUUUAAAAGGCCCUGAAAAGGAUAAAUGUUAAAUUAGAGAAUGUCUAAGUUUUGAUUCUGAUUUCAGUUUUUAAUAUGGCAAAAAGGAGACAGGAGAUGAUAAUAAAAUUAUCAUCUAAUUUUCAUAGAGGAAAUUGAUUUUAAGAGCUGGAAAUUUGACAAUUUUCAUUGACUUCAUCUAUUCUCUCUUUAGAUCAAUUAAGGAUAGUCCAUAUACAAAAUUGCAUAGAUUUGGAUCAUUUUCUCCGAUCAGAACUUCUGAAUGCAAAUGGUAUAUAGAUGGAGAUAAAUACUUUGAGGAUGUCUGUGAUGCCAUCUUGAAAGCAAAAGAAACAAUCUACAUAACUGAUUGGUGGCUGAGUCCAGAGGUGUAUCUAAAGAGACCUGUAGAUGUGAGAAAAUACGCUUAAUCUAGUGAGUUUCUGUAUACAAGACUUGAUAAUGUAUUAAAAUUAGCUGCCGAUAAGGGAGUCUAAGUUUUGGUAUUAUUGUACAAUGCUCUACUAUAAUUUUUAUAUAAUGACCCAAAACAUGCGAAGAUGUAAUUAGAAAGUAUGUCUCCAAAUAUAAGGGUUUUAAAGCAUCCACCUUAGAAAAUACCCAAAAUCUUUUCUCAUCAUGAAAAAAUGGUAGUAAUAGAUUAAAAAAUUGGAUUUAUGGGUGGUUUGGAUUUAUGCUUUGGAAGAUGGGAUACUUAAAAACAUCCGUUGUUUGAGGUUCAUCCUUUUGAAUAACUAUGGCCUUAAAUUGAUUUUUCAAAUUCUAGAGUUCGAGAUUUCUUUGAUGUGAGAAAUUAUGAGGCGACUCUUCUUAAAGAAAAUGAACCAAGAAUGCCCUGGCAUGACAUAGCAAUUUGUAAUAUAUCCUUUUAUUAUAAUAGAGAUUAAAGGAGACACAGUAAUAGAUUUAUCUAGGCAUUUCGUUCAAUAUUGGAAUCAUGUGAUGAUGACAAAAUAAAAUAAGAAGAAAUAGUAAUUAAUACAUGCUAACGAUUUAAAAAUGGAAGGAUUUGUACCUAACAAUACUUCUAGUUUUGUUGAUUAUUCAAAUGUUGUAUAUACAGGAAGAAAAGAAUCUUUAAUUCAGAUGAAACAACCUAUUCUGUUAGAUGAAAUAAAAACACAAGAGGUCUAAAUAGAAAUGAAUCACACUAUUUAAUAAUAGGAACAUAUUGAAACUUAGCAACAAUCCAAUGCACAACAAUUUAUUCAAUAGCAACAUAAAGAUUUCCAAAAUUAUUAGAAGUAUGAAAAGAAAUUUAUUCAAAAAUAAGAAGAUGAUAAUGAUGAUGAAGAUGAAGAUCAAAAUUAUUACGUUUUAUAAACUCAACAAUAAAAUUAGAAUAAAUAGAAAAGUAAAAUGAAAAUGGAGAAAAGUAAAAUGAAAAUAGAAAAAUCUGAACUCAAAAAUUAAGGGAAUACUGAGGGAAUUUAAGCAAGAAUUAAUUUAGAAUUUUUCAUUCCUCACAUUGACAUGAAUUAAAAUUAAUGUAAUCCUUUUCUUAAGCUUUUUAGAAAGUUGUAUAACAUAAUUGACAAGAUCAUCUUGUAAAUGGUCAACUGGUAUUAGAUAAACUGAGAAGUCUAUUUAAAAUGCUUAUCUCUCACUUAUUGAAGAUGCUAAGCAUUUCAUUUAUAUUGAAAACCAAUUCUUUAUUAGUAAUACAGCUGGCUAUCCUGUUAAGAAUUUAGUUGCAUAAGCUCUCAUUUCUAAAAUCAAAGAAGCACAUGAAAAAUAAUAGAGAUUUAAAGUUAUCGUAUUUGUUCCUCUAUUACCAGGAUUUGAGGGCGAAAUUGAUCAAUCGAAUAGUGCUGUCCUUAAAGUUCAAUUGCAUUUUGAAUAUCAAACCAUAAGCAGAGGAGGCAAAUCUAUAAUAGAACAAUUAAAAUAAGAAGGAAUCAAGCCAGAAAAUUACAUUUAAUUCUUUGGACUUAGAUAACAUGAAUUAUCUCCUCAACCUAACUCAAUACCUGUAACUGAAAUAAUUUAUAUUCACUCCAAAUUAAUGAUUGUUGAUGAUCAAGUAGCAUUAAUAGGAUCUGCAAAUAUCAAUGAUCGAAGUCUGUAAGGAAAUAGAGAUUCCGAACUUGCUAUAAUUGUGUAAGAUUAAGUAACAGUUGAUACUAUCAUGGAUGGCUAACCAUAUGUAGCAUCUAAAUUUGCACAUACUCUCCGCACUUCACUCUACAUGGAACAUUUUGAUAUGCCAUAUGAAAAAGUCAUUGAUCCAUUGAAUCUCUAAUUUGAAAAAGAAUCAACAGCAUAAGCAAACAUCAAUACAAGAAUGUAUAAAUAAGUCUUUGCAUGUUACCCUCAUGAUGAUAUAAAGAAAGUUUCGGAUUAUUAAGAGGUACUCAAUUUUAAUUACUUUUAGUUUAAAGCAAAUAAACACCUAGAUGAAUAUGAUCAAUUCAAGUAAUACAUUAAAGGUCAUGCUGUAAUUUUCCCAUUAUAAUUUUUAUGCGAAGAAGAUAUGAAUAUCAAAGUUUCUUAAAAAGAAUAUUAUGUACCAGAAAUAAGUUUUACAUGA